GUUUCCUAGGAAAUGUUUAUGACGAGCAGGUAGGAAGAAUUUAAUAACAAGGAAGUGACCAACUGUGACAGAAAUUACCCUGUGGCUGUCAAGAUGGCACCGAUUGGGCUAAAAACAAUCGUAGGAGAAAAAAUCCUAAAUGGUGUCAUCAAGAGUGUACGGAAAGAUGGCGAGUGGAAGGUUCUUAUUGUGGACCACAUGAGCAUGCGGAUUCUGUCGUCUUGUUGCAAGAUGUCGGACAUCCUAGCUGAAGGGGUCACUAUUGUGGAGGACCUCAAUAAAAGCAGGGAGCCCAUCUCUUGUCUGGAGGCCAUAUAUUUGAUCUCACCGGUGGAAAAGUCAGUUCGGGCUCUCAUCAACGACUUCAAGGACAGCGCCUUUACUUACAAAGCGGCCCACAUCUUCUUCACAGACACUUGCCCUGAUAAUCUUUUCAAUGAAAUUGCAAGAUCAAGAGUCUCCAAGGCCGCCAAGACGUUGAAAGAGAUUAACGUCGCUUUCCUACCGUAUGAGUCUCAGGUGUUCUCCCUGGACCACCCAACCUCCUUCCACUCUUUCUACAGCCCCAAGUCCAACCAGGACACAAGAAACAAAAUGAUAGAGAGUCUCGCCGAGCAAAUUGCCACUUUAUGCGACACGCUCAAAGAGUACCCCGCCAUCCGAUUCCGCAACGGCUCGGACAGGAACGCCAAAUUGGCCGAAGAGGUCUACCAGCACCUUAAUGCCCACAAAGCGGACAACCCAAGCAUGGGAGAGGGGGUAAACAAGGGACGCUCGCAACUCAUUAUCGUUGACCGUGGGUUCGAUCCCAUCUCGCCUCUCCUGCACGAGCUGACCUUCCAGGCUAUGGCCUAUGAUUUGCUGGAUAUCCAAAAGGACAUAUACACUUAUCAGACAACUGGCAUUGGGAAUUCCAAAGACAGAGAAGUGUUGCUGGAUGAAGACGACGAGCUCUGGGUUCAACUCCGACAUCUGCACAUCGCCGAUGUCUCGACCAAAGUGACGGAACUGCUGACCACCUUUUGUGAAAGCAAGAGGAUGUGCACCGACAACGCCAACAUCAAAGAUCUGUCUCAGAUGUUAAAGAAGAUGCCACAGUAUCAGAAGGAGUUGAGUAUGUACUCCACUCACUUGCACUUGGCUGAAGCUUGUAUGAAGAAGUUCAAGGCAUCUCUUCAUAAGCUCUGCGAAGUGGAACAGGACUUGGUGAUGGGCGCAAAUGCCGAGGGGGAGCCUCUGAAAGACGCCAUGAAGAGCAUCGUGCCUGUGCUACUUGAUAAUGAAGUUUCAGCAUACAACAAGCUCCGCAUCAUCCUGCUCUUCAUAUUCCACAAGAAAAAAGGCAUUGGCGAGGAGAACCUUGACAAACUCAUUCAGCACGCCAACGUGAUUGCCGACAGAAACAUCAUCACCAACUUCCAAAACCUGGGCUGUAACAUCAUUGCUGGGGGAGUCAAUUCCGGGACAACGCUUCCUGAUCGCAAACAGCGUGCGGACAGCACAUACCAGCUCUCCAGAUGGACGCCCAUUCUCAAGGACAUCAUGGAGAACGCCAUCGAGGACAAGCUGGACAAGCGUCACUGGCCCUUCAUAUCGGACCCCGCCCCCAUCAGUACCACUCACACGGCAGUCAGCGCUCGUUUGGGCCAGUGGCACAACAACAGACCUCCGACAGAGUAUCACACCGGACCCAGACUCAUUAUUUUUGUCAUCGGCGGGCUGACCCACUCAGAGAUGCGCUCGGCCUAUGAAGUCACCCGAGCCUAUGCCGGGAAAUGGGAAGUGCUGAUUGGCUCCUCUCACAUUCUCACCCCAACCGGCUUCCUCAACGACCUCAAGAUUCUCGACCAGGUUCCUAAUCCAUCUUGCGAAGACAACGCGGAUUCCAACAGUGGACGGGCACAAUGAAGGAAGAGCCUUUCUUUUGAUCGGCUCCAGGUUAUAUGUACGUCUCAACACGGCAAUAAUUCAAGUGAAAUAUGAAGAUAACUUUUUUUUUUCUCGAGUUCAAGGAUUGUUCAUAUAGUUUGCUCUGCAAUUCAUUCUGUGCUAAUAUAAAAGUAUUUUAAUGACUACUAGCCUCAUCGACCCGUGAAUGACAUCACUGUAUGACCCUUUUGAAGGUACCUUAAAUGCCCCCCCUCCCCCUCUACCCACUUUAUCCUGGUAAAUCCAAUGGCAACUGCUGUCUUUGAUAAUCUUGCACACGACUUCAUUAUAAAUGCUGGAAUGUGGUGUUUCUUUGAAGAAGUAAUAAAAGAAGCAAUAUUCACUUUA